AUGGUAAUCAGGACAACUCCCCAAAAUGGGUCAAAGGAAAUGUACCAAAAAUCGAACUCUUCAUCGUCAUCAAUAGUUGGGUCAUUCAUAAAGUCUUGGAAGGCUCCGUCAUCUUCAAGGUCUAAUAAUGCUUCUAAUAGUUAUGUGGAUAUACCUUUCGAAUCUGAUCGAAAUACACCUAUUUGGAGGUCUUCUUGCACAAUUCCAAGGUCACUAUCCAGUCACAGUGUAAAUCGCCAUAAUAAUAGUAGCCCAUUGCGAAGUAAUACAACAGGGGGUUCUGAUAUUGGGUCAGCUAAGAAGGAAAAGUAUUUUACCGAUCUAGAUGAGGACUGGAGCGCAGUCAUUGAUGAUUAUAAGAUGCCCAUACCGACAAUAAAUAAUGGAGGGAUAGAAACCAUUAUUCGACCACUGCUGACGAAACAGCCGACAACUGAGAGGGUUAAUCGUAGUUCUAAUGGUUUAAAUCAUGGUGUUUAUCCGAAACUGCCCCAGGUUGGUCAGUCUAAUACCACUAUAAGCGCUGAAUUACGGUCGCAACUUGAAUUGGAGCGAGAACGGGAUAUACAAGAACUAAACGCUGUGAUGCAGCGUAUGACAAAAUUUAACGCAAUUCUGAAGCCAAAAAGCUCAUUGAAUGUAAUUAAGCUAAACGAUUUACGCAAGCUCAGCUGGAAUGGGGUUCCAAUGGAUCAUAGACCGCAGGUUUGGAAGCUAUUGCUCGGCUACGUCCCUGCAAAUUUAAAAAUUCAACAGAGCACACUACAUAGGAAACGACAAGAGUAUCGCGAUGGUAUCGAUCGUGUAUUUUCCGACUUGCAUUUGCGAGAUGAACCUACUUGGCACCAGAUUGAGAUAGAUAUCCCCAGAACAAACCCUCACAUUCCCCUCUAUCAGUUCAAAACAGUGCAAACCAGUUUACAACGGAUACUGUAUUUAUGGGCUAUUAGACACCCCGCUAGCGGGUACGUGCAAGGUAUCAACGACCUAGUGACGCCUUUUUAUCAGGUUUUUUUAACAGAGUAUCUUUCUACAUCGCAAAAGGAUAAGGUUGAUACACUUGAUCCAGGUUCUUACCUCACCGCAGAGCAGAUGGAAAACGUUGAAGCCGAUGCAUUUUGGUGUCUAACAAAGCUCGUUGAACAGAUAACAGACUAUUAUAUCCAUGGUCAGCCUGGUAUCCUAAAUCAAGUCAAGCAUUUAGGUCAAUUAGUAAAGAGAAUAGACGCUGACCUCUACAGGCAUUUUCACGAAGAAGGCGUCGAAUUUAUUCAGUUUGCUGUUAGAUGGAUGAAUUGUAUGUUAAUGCGUGAGUUCCAAAUGAAUACAGUCAUCAGAAUGUGGGACACAUAUCUAUCUGAGACUUCCCUGGAGUCUUCUACCGACUCUCCAAUACACCAGGCAUCCCAAACCUUUACAUCCCCACCUUCAUCCAUGUCAUCAACUGUGACUUCCGCAACAACGACCGGUGGUAGUGGUGCGAACGAUGCUGAGCGUCAGCCUUCCUUAAGUGAGUUCCACGUUUUCGUAUGUGCUGCAUUCCUGAUUAAAUGGAGCGACCAGCUUAUGAACAUGGAUUUCCAAGGUAUAAUUACCUUCCUACAGAAUCCUCCUACUAAGAAUUGGAGAGAGUCUGAUAUAGAAAUGCUAUUAAGUGAAGCUUAUAUUUGGCAGUCACUAUAUAAAGAUGCAAUAUCUCACUGGCGGUAG